ACGACGACGACGACGACGAAGAAGAAGACGCGGAAGCGAUGGACUCGAUGCUGAUGUCCACGUCCGCGGCGCUGUCUCCCUACCACCACAAUGUCGCCGACUUUUACCCCAGAAAGUUGGGGUCCAAGCCCGACGUGGUUCCGUCUGGCGUGACCGAGCGGAAGGUGGGCCCGCUGGACAAACCAGACAUGGUGACGGUAGACGUCAUCGAACACGACAUGCCGCCCAUGCACAAGAAGAAGCACGACACGUACGUCCUGGGCACCAUUCAUCCAUUCAGGAAGACACACAGGUCUUUUCCCGGAAAACUGUUGCAAGAAUUCCGAUUGGUCACGUCUGACAGACGGUCGUGGAGGAUCCUGCUGUUUGGUUUUCUCAACCUGCUGUGCACCGCCUGUCUGCUCGUGUGGUGCAGCUCCACCAACAGCAUGGCUCUGACGGCCUACACGUACCUGACCAUCUUUGACCUCUUCAGUUUGCUCACGUGUCUGAUCAGCUCCUGGGUGAGCAUGAAGAAGCCCAGCCAGGUCUUCUCCUUCGGGUUUGACCGUCUGGAGGUUUUGGCUGUUUUUGCCUCCACUGUGCUGGUCCAGCUGGGAGCCUUGUUCAUCCUCAAGGAGAGCGUGGAGCGCUUCAUGGAGCAGCCUGAAGUCCAUACCGGUCGCCUGCUGGUGGGCACGUUUGUGGCGCUCUUCUUCAACCUGCUGACUCUCAUGUCCGUACGCAACAAACCCUUCGCGUGCGUGUCCCAAGCGGCCAGCAGCAGUUGGCUUCAGGAGCAUGUCGCAGAUCUGAGCAGAAGUUUGUGCGGCAUGGUUCCAGGCCUGAGCGGCGUGUUGCUGCCUCGCAUGAACCCGUUCGUCCUGAUCAACCUGGCGGGGGCGCUGUCGCUCUGCGUCACCUACAUGCUCAUCGAGAUCAACGACUACAACAGCGUGGACACGGCGUCGGCGGUGGCCAUCGCCCUCAUGACCUUUGGCACCAUGUACCCGAUGAGUGUAUACAGCGGGAAAGUGCUCUUGCAGACCACGCCCUCUCACGUCAUUGGUCAGUUAGACAAGCUUCUACGAGAGGUGUCGACGCUUGACGGUGUGCUCGAAGUUCGCAACGAACAUUUCUGGACGCUCGGCUUUGGAUCUCUGGCCGGUUCCGCCCACGUGCGAAUCCGCCGCGACGCCAACGAGCAGCUGGUGCUGGCGCACGUGACCAAUCGUCUGCUGCCGCUGGUGUCCACGCUGACGGUGCAGAUCUUCAAAGACGACUGGACGAGGCCCCUCCUCACGGGGGCGCUCUCCCCGUCCUCCGCCCCGCCCCCGGGCGGCACCCCCGAAGGUUACGCCGGCCUUCCCUCUCUGCCGCCGGAGUCGGAGCGUGUGACGUCGACGCCCUCCAAGCCCGGCAGCCCGCCGCCGGAGUUCUCCUUUGACACGCCGGGCAGGAACGCUCAGCCCGUGCUGCUCCCGGCGGCCGCUCACCAGCGCCCCUACGGGGCCCCGACCUACGGCGCCGCUCCCCUUGGCCUCCGCGUGCCGGGACUGGGCGGCGGUUACGGGGCCCGGUUGGCGUCCUCGCACGACUACAGAACCUUGGGGGGCGCCGUGCACCACUACAGACAUUACACCCCCAAAUGAUUGGAGUAUGAUGGACCAAUCAGAACUCUUGCGGACCUCGCAGAUGUUCCACACAAGUUUGUUGUAAAAGUUACGAUUUUUCAUGUUGAUUUUUGAAGACGUCGUCAACAUUGUUUUCGUCAACUGCCUUUGAUUUUGCAAGUAUACAAAUUGUUAUACGUUACAAUUCUCCACAAGAGGUAAUAAACCUUAUUUAACAUUUUA